AAACAAACAGAUAGUACAGAUAAUAAAGAUAAAAGUCCGCGAUGCACCUCCAAAUGAGAAGGAAAGGCCUUCAACAGAGUUCCUCAACCCUCUUCGUCUCCGUUGAUGAUGGCUUCUUUUCCAUUACAGUCACUUCAUUCCCCUCUGUCUCUUCCAUUACAAAUCCCGUUGCGCCAACUGUCCUCCUCUUCCCUACAUAACAUCAGUUUUUCAACCAGUUACUACUCGAAAUCUACCCUAUCAUACGGCAUAAAUGGAAAAACAUUCCCACCUUCUUCCAUACAGCUUAAGCAUACUAAUUUGAUUCGACCAAUAAAACUCCGUUCACAUCUGAGCCAUCCUAUCAUUUCUCCGGACGACCAUUGGGGCACAUGGACUGCUCUCUUCGCCACCGGAGCUUUCGGUAUCUGGUCUGAGAGGACCAAAAUUGGGAGCAUGGUGAGUGCGGCCUUGGUAAGCACACUGGUUGGGCUUGCGGCGAGUAAUCUCGGAAUCAUUCCUUAUGAAACGCCGGCUUAUUCGGUUGUCUUGGAAUUUCUACUGCCGCUAACCGUUCCUUUGCUCUUGUUUAGAGCAGACUUGCGUAAUGUUAUCCGUUCGACUGGGAAAUUGCUCUUGGCUUUUUUGCUUGGUUCAGUUGCAACAAUAUUUGGAACUACAGUGGCUUUCUUGAUGGUGCCUAUGCGAUCCCUUGGUCAAGAUAAUUGGAAAAUAGCUGCUGCACUUAUGGGUAGUUACAUUGGGGGAUCUGUUAAUUAUGUUGCCAUUUCAGAGGCAAUUGGUACAUCUCCAUCUGUUGUAGCUGCUGGUGUAGCUGCAGACAAUGUUAUUUGUGCAAUAUAUUUCAUGGUGCUAUUUGCAUUGGCCUCUAAAAUUCCUCCGGAUUCUUCAGCAUUAACUACUGGAGCUGAAAUGGAUGUGGAGUACUCCAAUUCUUCAGGCAAUAUCCCUGUGCUACAGACAGCAACAGCACUUACUAUCUCCUUUAUGAUAUGUAAGACUGCUACAUAUCUCACACAAUUGUGCAAGAUUCAAGGAGGCAGUCUUCCAGCGAUAACAGCAAUAGUUGUCAUUUUAGCAACAGCAUUCCCUACACAAUUUGGUCGUCUUGCACCAGCUGGUGAUUCUAUGGCUCUGGUUCUGAUGCAGGUAUUUUUUACUGUUGUGGGUGCUAGUGGGAGCAUAUGGAAUGUCAUGAAAACAGCACCCACCAUAUUCUUGUUUGCUCUAGUUCAAGUAACAGUGCAUCUUGGUGUGAUCCUCGGAUUUGGGAAACUAUUAAACUUUGAUCUAAAGCUGCUACUUCUGGCCUCAAAUGCCAAUAUUGGAGGCCCUACAACAGCAUGUGGAAUGGCCAAGGCAAAAGGAUGGAAUUCUCUGGUUGUUCCUGGUAUUCUUGCUGGAAUUUUUGGGGUUGCUACCGCUACUUUCCUUGGCAUUGGUUUCGGAACGAUGGUCCUUAGACAUUUGUAAAGGAUAACAAAACUAAUUAGCACAGCCAUUCUACGCUGUACAUCUAAAUGCAGGUUGAAAUUAAUUUUGGGUUAUGAUGUCAAAAAAUGUUUUUAUUAAAGACAUGGUAGUCUUUUUUUUU